AUGCAGAAAAUUAUUUCUGUUUUGUUUAUAAUCAUCUACAUAGUCACCGUGGUUGGAAACCUGAUCAUUGUGGUAACCGUAGCUUCCAGUCAGACUCUGGACUCCUCCAUGUAUUUCUUUCUGGUUCACUUGUCGUUCAUUGAUGACUGCUCCUAUUCCUCAGUCAACACACCUAAACUGAUCACUGACUUCCUCUCUGAGAAGAAAAUCAUCUACUUCAAAGUCUGUAUGAACCAGGUCUUUGGAGAGCAUAUUUUCGCUGGGGCUGAAAUCAUUCUCCUCACGGUGAUGGCCUCCGCCCGUUAUGUGGCGAUAUAUAAGCCGUUGCACUACACGACCAUCAUUAGCAGACAUCUCUGUAGCUCACUGGUGGACUUGGCCUGGGCCGGAGGCUUCCUUCAUGCCACAAUUCAAAAUCUCUUCAUGGCACAUUUACCAUUCUCUGGCCCCAAUGUAAUCUACCACUUUAUUAGUGGCAUUUGCAUGUUGAUCUUUAUCCUGUUGAUGAUUUUCUAUGCCUUCAUCUUGCACUCCCUGAAGACCCACAAUGCCAAAAUGAUUCUCCACUCUCAACACUCGUCCGUGCUGCUGCUUCCCAACUCAGGUUAUUUACCACCCUAUACCCAAAAAGGAAUCUCCAACAGUGUCACCGACCUAAAUACUGACCCUCAAUUCGUCACAUCCUUAAAUGAUGCAAAAAUAGAAAAAGAAGUAGAAAACAGAAUCAAGACCAUUAAGGCUUCCUUUUAG